AUGAGCGCAAAUGAACUUCAAGAAGAUUAUAGUUCGGAUUCAUCAAACGAUCCUGAUUAUGUUCUAAAUGAUAGCGAGGAUGAAACCGAACUGGUAAAUGUAGCAGCACAAGGCAAAAAGGACCUUGAUGAUGAAACAAAUUUGAUGACUCGUAGUAAACGCAAAAAAAUAGAAGCGGAAACCGAAACAUAUAAUAAUAUUAAGAAACAAAAGUUUGAAGAAAAAAUCGCAAAAGAAUCAAAUACAAUUGAUGAAGAACGUAAAAGUAAGAUCGAUGCUUUAUGGGCUGAAUUGAACGCAGAUGAUGAAGACUAUCUUCCUAUACCAGCAAAGCCCUAUAAUAAUUUGGUAGAUAAUAAAGCUCUUUUAAAUGACAACCCUGUGGAAAACAAGAAAUCAAAGUUUCCUUUAACCAAUUUAACUAAAGUUCCGAAAUCAACAAAGAUGAUUACCAUAACAAAAACUUAUAAAUUUGCUGGUGAUAUUAUAACAGAACAUAAACAAGUUCCCGAAGAUUCAGAAGAGGGACAAGCUUUUCUAGAAGAACAAGAGACAUCAGAAACCAGCAACGAAUCAAGUUCUAUUUUCUCAACGUCACGAACAUCUGUCAAAUCACCAUCAACUAUUCCGAAGAGCGGUAGUGGUGGUGGUAACGUUGAUAAAUUUAUCAAAUCUAAAAUAAGUAUUGAACAACUCGCUUCACUUAAAAAGAAACCUACAAAAUUAAAUACUUUGGAGAAAUCAAAAAUGGAUUGGAAAAAAUACGUUGAACAAGAACAAAUUGUUGAUGAAUUAAAAUAUCAUAAUAAGAACGGAAUAUAA